GAUGUCUUAGUACAAGGUCACACAGUGGAAUACUUGUCAAACUGAGCUGCGGUCACACUUAGUCUGCAAUUUUCAAGAAUUACACACGCGCGGAAGUUUUUCUGCUCUUACUAAAAAACAUCAAAUUGCAACGCAAAGAGGAGCUUAAAAUCGGAAAUUAACCGCUACGUAGGCUUAAUAGUAAAAUAAAGAGUUUACAUCGUAUAUGAUUCGCAUUUAUCGGCACAACUGGUGCGCGUACGACAACAUUAGCAGGCCGAGUGCAGCAGUGCGAUUGCAACGAAGCAAAGGGAAAAAGCAAAGAAGUUAUUAAAAACUUCGGAGUGGUGCUCUGAAAGCGGUUUAGAAACCCAAAUCAGCAAUAAACUUCCGUAUAGUCAUGGAAGACUGGAAGGGCUAACAAAAAAACUAUACGUGAAGGGAGUUUUCGGCCCCGCGUAAGAGCAGCAACAACAACAGACACUGGAAGAACAAGACUGCGACGGCCACUCCUUUUGUGUCCGACUUCGAGAUGUGUGCGUGUUCGUGUCCGCGUCCGCCUUUGUGUGUUGAGCAAUUGAAAACUGGUGAUUGCUGAAUAAAUUAAGGUAGCUAAAUUAAUAAUUAGCAAAGCGAGUGGGGCCAAUAAAAAGUGAAAAUCUUCUGCGUUUUCGUAAAGCGAAAGAAACUACAGCUACAGUUAGAGAUAAGAAGAGCUCUCGCACACAUACACCAAAGCGCAGGCCGAACGAGCGAGUGUGCGUGCUUGUGCAUGUGUUUAUGACUCACGGCUGGUUCAGUGAGAGAGAGAAAGAGAGCGAGAGUGGUGGCUUGAGUAACAGUAACAUUAACAAUACCGAACGCAAAACAACAACAAAUCCGCCGAGCGUUUAGAAUUUCCCAAGUCGAGCGUAACUAAACGCAUUUAAAGAAAAUCCCCCCGCACACACACACUCUCAUACAUAAAAAGAGAGAAAGCCGCUAGAAAAUGAGCUUCACCAAGUGGUUCAAGAAGAAGGGCGGAGAUGGGGGAUCGAUCUCCGAGAUCGGUGCACCCACAAACUUCCAACGACACUUCCAUGUCUCGCGCAACCAGGAAACUGGCGACCUGGAGGGGCUUCCAGCGCCAUGGGUGCGCCUGAUGAACUCACAGAUCACUCGCGAUGAACAGGACAAGAAUCCAGAUGCCGCAUACCAUGCCGUUAAGUACUACAACUAUUCGAUCAAGAAAAAGGAGAACGAGGUCUUCAAGCCCUUCAUCACCGAGGAUGUGAUCCACGAGGAGUCCAAGGAGAUAGAGAACUAUGUCAACUACAAAAACAAGCACAAGUCCCAGGAUCCCGAAAAAUCCGACGACGAUGGCAGUUCAACGGCCACGGAGACGGAAAGCAGCAGUGGUUGUGGCUCCUCGGCAGGUAAUAGCAACAGCAGCAGCAUCAACGACAGCAGCCAGCAGUCGACGGUGCCGCUGGACGCCCUGGAGGAGGUGUUCAAGGAGCUCAAGUCCAAUCUGGAGCACCGUGAAACCCUGAAGGCCGUGCCACAAGAGCCCCCGCCAGUACCGCCAAAAAAGUCGCCCCACACCAUACCGCCCAAGCCGCAAAUCAAGCCAAAGCCUCGUGUCACACAGAAGUUCUCACGCACUUCGGAUAUACGUCGGGAUGAGGACUCCGACAACCAGCACAAGGUCAACACGGACACCAUCAUCAUCAAGCCAGCCGGCGGGGCACAGGAUGCUGGAGCGGAUGAUAAUCCCGACGAGACGAUACUGCGCCGUUCCAAGGAGAAGAGAACACAAAAGACCGACGCCGAGGUCUACGAUGAGCUGCGGAUCAUUUGCAAUCCAGAAGACCCGAGGAAACGCUACAAGACUACCCAGGAGGUUGGCAAAGGAGCUUCCGGCAUUGUUUUCAUAGCUGGCGAUCUGCAGAACGAAUCGCAGGUGGCCGUCAAGACCAUCGACAUGAAGAACCAGUCCUCAAAGGAUCUCAUACUCACAGAAAUCCGGGUGCUGAAGGACUUUAACCACAAGAAUCUGGUGAACUUCCUGGAUGCCUACCUGCUGGAGCCCGAAGACCAACUAUGGGUUGUCAUGGAGUACAUGGAUGGCGGCCCGCUGACUGACGUUGUUACUGAGACUGUGAUGAAGGAACGCCAGAUCGCCUGCGUCUGCCGCGAGACGCUCUACGCGAUAAGUUUUCUGCACGCCAAGGGCAUUAUCCAUCGGGACAUCAAGUCAGACAACGUGCUGCUGGGCAUGGAUGGCAGCGUUAAGGUGACGGACUUUGGGUUCUGCGCCAACAUCGAGGGCGAUGAGAAACGCCAGACAAUGGUGGGCACGCCGUACUGGAUGGCGCCCGAAGUGGUCACGCGCAAGAAGUACGGUAAGAAGGUGGACAUCUGGUCUAUCGGCAUCAUGGCCAUCGAAAUGAUUGAGGGCCAGCCACCAUAUCUAUACGAGACUCCGCUCCGCGCCCUCUACCUGAUCGCCGCCAACGGUCGGCCAGACAUUAAGAGCUGGGACAAGCUCAGUCCGAAUCUUCAAGACUUCCUCGACCGCUGCCUCCAGGUGGAGGUGGACCGAAGGGCCACCGCCGACGAGUUGCUCAGCCAUCCGUUCCUCAACGACUGCAGCGAGGUCAAGGCUCUCGUGCCCAACAUCAAGGCGGCCAAGAAGGUGCUCCGACGCAACGUAUAGUUGCUAUGCAAUCACCGGACGGCCAGGCUGCUCUACGCGUGAUCGGAAGCGGAAUCGGGAUCGGGUUCGGGAUCUGCCCCGUGUGUAUAAUGAGUUUUCAAUGUAAAUUUGUUUUGUGUGGACGAAACCGGAACUGGAACUGGAACAGAAUGCUGAUCGUAGUCUUUGUAGUGUGUACAACCGUAGAAAUGGCGAGAGCAGGACUAGGACCCGUAAACUCCCCUUCGAAAACAGCACGAGACAGCGAGGGCAGAAAGAUGAGCAGACGCCGGAAAACUCGGAAACCGUCGCCAAACCGCGGAUCCAUAUCGCAUCGGUCGAGCAGUUCAUCGACGGCAGGGGGUGGGGUUAUCGCUUAGAUUAGAUUGUCCUAUGGCAAAUUAGCUUAUUUCGUACAUGGCGCAUAUACACAUGUAUGUACAUAUAUGUGACAACGCACACAAACACGCACAUAUGAUAUAGAUACUGUAUUAUUAAAUGUAGAACAUAAGUUUGAUUACUCUUUAUAUACCCGUAUAUAUACAUAAUUGUGAUUUAAGCGAUUUUAUCAAAUCAGCAUUAUGCGACUCUUUAUAAAAUUCGUCGUAGUCAGUAAGUGCAAACGAACCCUAACAGAGAACAUGCAAUACUUGUUGUAAAUUACCAAAAAACAAACAAAAAAUCAAAACAAAACGAAGGCGAUAAAUAUAGCAAGUCGAAAUGAGUGUAACAAGUGCCAUUAGGACUAGAGCUAGCAGCAGCAAGCGACACACCAGCAACAGCAAAAUUAUCUCCACAAUUUAUGCAUUUCCCAUAGAAUACAGAUAUCAAUGCAACAGAUAACUAAUUAGAGACAGCUAGCCAGAGCUUGUAUGUAUAUUAGCUGAUAUUCGCAGUGUGGACGGGAUUGAGGGAUAGGGAUAAAUGUUUGAUAUUCCAUUUUAAUUAGUACAAAAGUAAGACUAACCAAAUCGCCACAAAAGAACAGAUUGAAAUAGAUUUCCUUGUUCCUUCCCUGAGGAUAUUUGCCAUACGCACAAAGAAAAUUGUAAACCUAUCACAAUAGAGAUGUUAUUUAACACCGUAAUGUGUGUGUCAAAGCUAAAGUGAAAUAUUGGAACGAAGAAUGUCCCUAGAGGGAUUAUAUAGAUCAUAUAGAAGUGGUAUACGUACACUAAACCUAGUCCCAUCGGGAAUUAUGAACAAUGCCAAUUGCAGAAGAGAUAUAUUGAAGAACAACAUGGUUUUAACAAACUAUUUUUCCAUUAUCAUUUUAGUUCGAUAUUUGAUGCUAUUGCCCACCACAAGAUCUAUGCGAAAAGUACUUCUAUAGCUAGUCGUCAGUCUCGACAGAUAUUUUACUAAAAAACAACGAAGGCGAAUGACAAAGUACAUUCAAAGAUCUUCCGCCAGCC